AAUUCAUUCGCUCUCGCACUUCCACCAAGACAACGUCCUUCAAUGGCGUUGAUAACCAUAUCCGGAUACCCCUGCUCAGGAAAAUCCCGCCGAGCCCACCAAAUCGUGACCUCCAUCCAAGAAAAACUAAAAGAUCCCAACUACACCGGCCCCCAACUCACUGUCGUCCUCAUCUCCGACGAGUCACUCAACAUCCCCCGGUCCGCAUAUGAUGACAGCCGGUCGGAAAAACCGGCUCGGGGCGCACUAUUCACUGCGCUGCAGCGCCAGAUUUCUCUGAAGAAUAUCGUUGUGGUCGACGCUCCGAACUACAUCAAAGGGUUCCGGUAUCAAAUAUACUGUGCAGCUAGGGAGUUCAAAGUACGCGUGUGCACUGUCUAUGUCGUCGCGACGCCUGAGCGAUGCAGGGAAUGGAAUAGCGCUCGUCCCGAGUCUGAGAGAUAUGCACCCGAGACCCUCGAGAACCUUAUUCAACGAUACGAGGAGCCUUCAUCCAUGGUCCGCUGGGACUCGCCUCUCUUCACGAUUCUAUGGACGGACGAAGACAUCCCAUCUGCCGAUAUCUGGAAGGCCAUUACAGAUGGCGCUGUGAAACCGCCAAAUUCUGGGACACUUUCUGUCACCAAAGCUCCGACAGAUGCUCUCGUAACACUCGAAAACACCACCCUUUCAAUUGUAUCCUCGAUAAUGUCGGAACAAGGCGCCCUACAAGGCCCCGGGGGAACCGUCCAGCUCCCCAUCUCAUCGACUUUGAAACCCAAAGUGCAUCUCCCCGCUCGGAACCUCACACUCUCGGAACUCCAGCGUUUGAAACGACAGUUCGUGACAGUUCACAAGAAAGCUAUAACUUUGGGCACGACGGAGAGAGGUCAUGUCGACUGGCAUGAAGAUAAAAUAGCAGAAAAGUUUGUCGUGUAUCUUGAGGAGCAUUUGAAAGACUAAGAGUGCAUUUAUUAUCGAUAUAGCGAUGAUUCUCCCGUUAACCUCGGUUGAAACGAGCACAGAUGGCUGCAGUUGUAGGCCUAAUAAAUGUAACUUUCGGGCACAAAAAUGUGCAAAAAAAUGAAUGUCUGUCGUCGUGCUAGGCAUGGCGGGGCGUACGCGUCGACGGCGGGAUCGUGUGGGGUGUCGUCAGGCUCUUCGGUACCUUCUCCGUCGAGGCAUGAGUUCUUACGGCCGCU